AUCUUAAUAUUGAAAUGCUGAGUACAAAGAGAGUGUGUGUUAGUACAGAUGGUUAUUCACUGCAGAGCUGUCUGCAUGAACACCAGAGAAGAACCAGAUUGCUGUGUGUCCAUCAAACAGUGAAGAGCUGCUGGAUUCAUUGUUUCCUCCAAAUGAAAGAAAAGUCAUUUUCAUGUGACAGAGCGACGAUGCAGUGGAGUCUGUUUCUGCUUCUUCUGAUGGGUCAGUGUGUCUUCAUCACAUGUCACCUGUAUGAGUACCACUUUAUUAAAGAACAGAUGAGCUGGGAUGAAGCACGGGCAUACUGCAGAGAGAACUACACAGACCUGGCCAAAGUGUUUGACCUGACAGACAUGAGAAGACUUCAAGGCUCUGCACAGAGUCAAACAGAAGCCUGGAUUGGACUGUACAGCGAGCCAGGCAAACACAACAGGAGGUGGCACUGGUCUCUGCUGGGGGAGGAAUACACUGAAAAUAAGACCUGUUGGGGAGCUACAGAGCCAAAUGAUGGAGAAUACCCUGAGAACUGUGUGAGGACAGGAGACAAGUGGGCAGAUUUUCCAUGUACUCACACAUUUAAGUUUAUCUGCUAUAACGAAACGAUAAAAGACAAUAAAACCUUUCAUUUGAUUGAAGAGAUGAAGACCUGGACUGAGGCUCAGAACUACUGCAGACAGCAUCACACCGACCUGGCCAGUGGACUCAAUCAGAUAUACAGUGAAGAGUUUAAGAAUCUGCCGAAGUCUGAAGCCUCGUGGAUCGGCCUGUUCAGAGACAGCUGGAGGUGGUCAGAUGGGAGUAACUUCUCUUUCAGAUACUGGGACAUGGACUCAUUUAAUGAUGGACUAAACAACAGGAAAUGUGCUACGACUCUGUUAGAGAGAUCAGGAAGAUGGAGCUCUGCUGAAUGUGACCAAAGAAAGCCUUUCUUCUGCUAUGAUGACUUUUUGGCAGAUAAACUGAUUCUGAUCAGGGAAAACAAAACCUGGGAUGAAGCCGUGACUUACUGCAGACAGGAACACCAUGACCUGGUUUCAAUCAGCAACCCUCAUGAGCAGCGAUGGGUCCAGGAAAGAGCCAAAAACGCCUCGACUCCUUUUGUGUGGCUGGGACUGCGCUACUCCUGCUCUCUGGAUUUGUGGUUCUGGGUUGAUGACAACCUAGUGUGCUAUGAGAAUUGGGCUUCAGAGGGAAAGACUGAAAACUGUAGCACAUGUGUAGCUAUGACCACAGGAGGGCAGCACAAGUGGGUCAGUCAGAGGGACAAUGAGACAUUUAAUUUUAUUUGUAUAAAACACUGAGGUUUAAACCUAAAGUCACUUCUUAGCUGCACAUGUAGAUUUUCUGGGGUGAACUCUGUGUUUCUGCUCAGUGUUUACAGUCUCUGGGUUUGAAGUGGGAGAAAAA